GUACCUUAUAAAUCAGUACUACAGACAGAGGCACUAAAAAGAAGAAGCAAAUUGAAAAUGGUAACCAUCCACUGUUCCCACCUGGUGGUUCCCUCCGAGCCCACGCCAUCUUCAACCCUCUCACUCUCCCUCUGCGACCAAAUCAAGCUCCCAAACCACGGAUCUCAGCUCUACCUCUACAGCAACACCAGCAUCACCCACCAUCAUCUCAUCCACACUCUCUCAGCCUCCCUCAGUAAAGCACUCACUCACUACUACCCCUUCGCUGGCCGCCUCCGCCGCAUCCCCGGCGGCCGCUUCCAGCUCCUCUGCAACGCCAGUGGAGCUGUCCUCAUAGAAGCCACAUGUUCAAGUCAAUUCAGUUUCAAAUAUUUUCGCGAUUUCGCUCCCGUCCACGCUGUCCCCAAAAUCAACUACGAUGAUGUCCCCAUUGAGGAUGUCCCCUUGCUGGUGGCGCAGGUCACGAGGUUCCCCAACGGCUUCAUCACGCUCGGUCUCUCCCUCUGUCGCGCUCUCCUCGAUGGAAAUUCGGCUAGCAGCUUCGUUAACUCGUGGGCCAAGCUUGCUAAAGGAGAGAACUUAGAUUCCAGCUUGAUUCCUUUGCUUGAUCGAACCAAGUUAGAUUCAUUUAAACUCAAUAAACCACCACGUUUUGAACACCCUGAGUUUUUGCCACCACCCCUUUUGACACAACAGCAUACCCAGAUGGAAGAACAACUUGGUUCGACCAUAUUGGAACUCACAAAGGGUCAAGUUGAGAAACUGAAGAAGAAAGCUAGUGACUUUGGAAGUGGGUAUGGUAUUAAUAACGGUAAUGGUUCCGUACGACCUUAUACUAGUUUUGAGGUUAUAACUGGUCACUUGUGGAGGUGUGUUUGCAAGGUGCGUUACGCGGGUGGUGAUUUGGGUCAACCAACGAGGUUGACCACUUUGGUUAACUGUAGAAACCGUUUAAGGCCUUCUCUCCCCACGGCUUAUUUUGGGAAUGCAACGUUUCCCACGGUGACACCAACUUGUUCCUUUGAUGAGAUCAUGCACAAGCCUCUGAGCUAUGCUGUGGGGAAAGUGAGGGAAGCGAUUGGGAAGAUGAGUGAUGAGUAUGUGAGGUCUGCGCUUGAUUACAUAGCAAGUGUGGAGGACUUCGAUUUGUUCAGGGACACGUUUUAUGGUUCUGGUGAUGGGAAAGGGAAGUUUAAGGGAGAUCCUAAUUUGUAUAUGGUUGGUUGGACGAAUUUUAAGUAUUUUGAGACGGAUUUUGGGUGGGGGAAACCGGUUUCUUUGAUUCCCGGAAACAUUAAUUCUAAUGGCAAGGCUUUUCUUUUGGACAAUGCAAGUGGUGAUGGCUUCAUUGUAGCUGUUUGUUUGCUGGAAUCGCAUGUAGAUGCUCUGAGGAAGUUGUUUUAUGAGGAUAUGGAGGAUGCUAGUUCCAAAUUGUGAUUGAUGAUGAAUCUUGCAUCCAUAUGAGGCUUCAAUGUGAUUCUGGGAUUUUGUGUGACUAGGAUUUCAGAUUAUCAUGGACAUGAAGCUAAGAUGUAUGACUGGUCUCUCAGUUUUAUCCUUUUGAUUUUUCUCUGUUGUUUAUAAUUGAUUUGCAAUUAGCAAGUUCUUGAUCAAAACCGUGAUAAAUUAGCAGUAUAUUAGCGGCGUGUCUCGUUACAUGUUUAUAUCUAGCACGUUACCUGUUACCUAAUUGAUAACCCUUCCAUUGAACGCCAAAAUUGGACAUUUAGAUCCGUAGGCGAGGAAGUAAGAAGGUAUUGUAGUUUAUGUUAAAUUACAAUUUUAGCUAUCUUUCAAA